AUGCCUGUCAAUGACAACCUCACUCAAAUCACCAUGGCGCACAGACUCUCCAAUCACGAUCGAUCGUAUACACGCUUAUUGGUAACACCACCUUCACCACCCUACGGCACUCCACCAGAAUAUCGGCGAUUGAAGGAGGAUAUGGUACUACGAUGGAUCAAUUAUCAGCUUGGUUGCACACCACCUGUCAGUUGUCUUGCCGACAUUUACAACCACGACGCCUUUGUCAAGCUCAUUCACACUGUAUCUAGUCAACAUUGCCCUCGACAACGAUUAUCAAAGCCGGCAGGGACAUCAUCGUAUGAAAUAGCCAUUGCUAUGCUGGAUGAUUGGAUUGGUGGACAUCGUUUGGAGAGAGUGCUUCGUGACGAUCCAGAUCAGCUGCUAUCGUUUAUCCUCACUCAACAUCAGGCACAUAUCAUUCAUAAGAUACAAUCAACAUUAAACACAUUCAUCAUUCCAAAGGAUGCGCCUGUUUUGUAUCCAGAGCAACAACAACAACAACAACAACAAUCGUCAUGUGUCGAACCAUUCCAGAUCAAGCAAGUGCUAUUGUCAUGGGCACAAACAUGCUUAACCGACUAUGUGGAUGCAUGCUUACUACCUCUUGUCGACAACUGCAACGAAUCAUGGCAAGAUGGAUUAGCAUUCCUGGCACUAGUACAUCGUUAUGAUCCUGGCAGCGUACAAGAUCUACCUCAUUUUGUGGCACACAAUGUCGACAACAAGGUUCAUUGGGAGCACACAUUGACGACAGCCUUUCGAAGAGCACAUGAUACAUUUGAGGUGCCUGUGUUACUGGAUGCCCAUUUACUGGCAACAGCAUUGCAUGUUGACGAGGAAUCCAUUAUGGCUUAUCUGGUUGAAUUUCUUCGAGCUGUGCAUUUGCAAAGAAUGUGUCGAUCGAUGGAUGAAUGCGAGGAAUACGAAAGGCAACUCAGGGGAAAGCGCCAAGCUGACAUUGAACAAUGGUGCACUGCUGCUGCCACAAGUAGAACAACAUCAACGACAUGCAAUACACAGCUACGACUUACGAGGGUGGUACAAACCAUGUCAGUGGUAAAAUCGCCAUCGCCAUCAUCAUUAUCAUCCCACCACGACAACAAGUUGAAAGAUGAUUCAAGUACCACCACUCGUGAUAUUUUGGACAAGAUUGAAGAUCUACGUCAGCGAUUGAUGAAUAUUGCACCUACUCGAUCCACCCACUACAAUCAUCAACAUCAACAACGUCGUCGUCGUCGUAGACAAAGUUCAUGUACCACAAUGCCUGAUUCACCUGUGCCAUCAGAGCAGGAUUCAUUGAUGGAUAACAACCACGAUAACGACAUCAUCAUAGCAUCAUCAUCAUCAUCAUCACCAACGGAUCAGCUCCCCCUGCAUCCACUUCAAGCAGGGUAUGAAGACUUGCGAUCUUAUGAGCAAAAUUUUGCGGGUUUUCAAGUAUCCCUGCACGCAUUUCAACAGGGCGAUGAUAUCAAAAGGUGGUUAAGUGGUGGUGGUGGUGGUGAUACAAGAUCUUUAUCCACUACUGGCAAUGGCGAUACUAUUCAGGAGGCAUAUGCAACGCUUAUGCAACAUGUUGACCAAGCGACACACCAAUUGGAUUUAUUUCGAAGAGGAUUCUUUUUUGGUCGACAAUGUGCGGAUAUACGUAGCGAAUUGGAUGCUAUCCAAACCAAGAUGUUGAAGACCACACCUGCAUCUUCCGAUAACAACAUCCAGGACUUAGGGAGGCAAUUGGAGCAUGCAACUACCAUGUUGGAUGAGCUUCAUGAUAACGAAUUGCUCACCGUUGAAUCCAUCUAUCAUGAGCACAUGGCAUCCCUUGUUCGGAAAAAGGAGCGGGUACAAUCAUGGGUGGACGAGGUUCGAGUCUGGUUUGCGGAAGCCAAACGCAUUCGAGAAUGGAUCGAGAUACGCAUGCAACGGCUUGAAAAGGUUGCUGUACCCGUUGAGCCACUCAAGAAUAUCAAGAUGGUCGUAUCAAGAGCUGAAGUUGAGCGAUUGAAUGCUGAGCACGAGAUGUUGGAACAAGAGAUUGAAUCAUUUGAUAAGCAAGAUAUGGCUCGUUUACGUGCGCAUGUGAACAAGUCCCUCACGAGUGCAGGGCAGGACGCUACUACAGCAGCAUCCAGCAACGAUCUUAGUCCAGCUGACACAACGACUAUUGAAAUCACCUUGACAACAUUGACGUUGCGUGAAAAGCUUAUGAGCAUGUUACGCCGUAAACGUGAUGACCUUGAUGUCUUGACGCAACGCUUGGCAUGGGAAGAGGAAUUCGAAAAGACACAGGCGUGGAUUGAAGACACGGAUCAGCAAGUGGAGGCUUUUAUUCGGGAUACUGCACGAUGGCAAUUGGCUGAGGAUGAUAUGGACACCUUGCAAUAUCGGCAACAUGAUCAUGUUAUGGCUCGUGAACGACUCAAAGAAUUGGUUAUCCAGCGCUUGUUGAUGCUUGAAAAGAAACGUACCGAGUUUGAUCAAGGCCAGUUCACCACCACCAUGGAUAGCUACAAUGAUCUUGAAGAUGUUGCCAAUGUGGAUGCAUUACCCGAUCAUUUGGAAGCGCGACAAUCAUCCUGUGAACGACAAUUUGAGGACUUGUUUAAGAGGAUCAACUUUUCUCGUCAAGUGGUGGAACAACGCCUCAAGAUGAUGGAGUUUUUGAAUCAAGUUCACAGCGUAAAGUACGAUGCUCAGCAGCUUAUUUUGGAUCUCCAGCAAGCACAAAAGGGGGAUAAGGAUUGUGCUGAUAUGGUACCGCAUGUCCAAGUGAUUCACGAUCGGAUUGCUCAGCUUGUUGCGGCUUCAGGAACGGCACGUAUACCCUAUCCACAAGCAACAUUGUUUUCUGAUGAAGAAAAAAAUACUCGCUCAAAUGAUGUUAUUCACACUCACGUGGAAAAAUGGCGUCGUGAGCUGCUGUUGUUGGAUGAUCAUGUUGACACACAAUUGGAUGCAUUGCAGCAAAAAGUGACCAUGGAUAAGCACAACAACCAGCUUUUGGAUGAAGCGACCCGUCUUUAUCAUUGGGCCGAUGAUCGAUUGCAGCAUUUGAGGAAGGCAAGAUCUGAUGCAAGCACGGGUGAAAUAUUAUCUGAGGAUGGCCUACGACGGCUUGAGCGUGAUCGUGAUUACUUGUUGAGCAAGCUCAAGGAAGACAAAGAGGAUGAAGCUAUUGAUGUAUUGACGAGGAUACAAGCCUUUGUGGAACAAGUGCCACGAAUGAAAGUUUCGGUUGAUACGCAGAGAUUGGAGGACAUGGCACAGCAUUUGACCACAUCCUUUGAUCAAUUGCGUGACACAUUGGAAGACUACACCAAAGACCUUGACAUCUUGAGAAAGCGAGCCGACGAUGAUAGUAGCCACAUCAGCAAGAUCCAUGCUUUGAAAGCAUACAUCUCGGAUACACGUGCCUCAUUACCAGCAUUGAAGCAAAGCUAUGGAUUCAUGACGGGUCGAUCUCAAGAGCAGGAUCACAAGAGAUUCAACAUGCUGCAAGAAUCUGUGGAUGGCAUCAUGGCGUCUUUUCGAGAGCAAAGCAAUCAGUUACAACUGCUGAAAGAUGAGCUACACCAUGACAAUCAACAUGUUGUUGAUAAUGCUGAAGAUGUUCACAAGGCUAUGGAUAGCACAUUGCAAGAAUGGGAAUGUCUCAACAAUGACCUUGAUUCGUUACAACAAUUCACGGAGAAUGUUGAGCGUUGGUAUGAGCGACAACGUCGAUUGAGCAUUGUGGAACAAGAGUUUUUGGACAAGCGAGGGAAACGAUCAGCCUAUUGCGACAAUGAAAAUCUCGACAAGGCGAUUUCCAUGCUGGAGGAGAUUGGCAGUGAGAUUACAUCAGCUGGUCAACAUUGUCGAACGGAUCCUUUGGAAGCUGCCAAUCAUGCAUGUGCAUAUGAUCGACAUGCCGCAUUGAUGAAACAAGCACGAGCAUUGCGACAAGAACAAGUGUCAUUGCAGCAAGCUUCAAGUGAUGCAACCAUGCGUGAUUCAAUGUUGCACAAUUUGGGGACAAUGUUGAGCGAGGUGCAGCAUGAGAAUGAACGAAUGAGGGAGCGCGUGGCCGUCAUUGGACAAUGCGAUUUUGCAUUAAUGUCAAUGGAUGAGAUUGGCAAGUUGUACCAAGAGUUGCAACGUGACACAACACAAUGCGUCGCCGUUAUCGACAAAUGUCGUCAGCAAUUGGCACACAAGACUAUAGCGGCGGACAAUGUGGUACAGGAGCGUAUCGAUCGUGUGGAGGAUUCAUUGGCGGAAUUGGAGAUUUUCAAAGACAUGCUCGAAAAGCAAGCCUUGCUCGUACGAAGGAUUCAGGUUCAUGCCGAAGCUGCCAACAAUCUCGAUACGUGGAUCGGUCAAUGCAACGGUGCUAUUGCACGAUUUGCCAAUGCUGAUGCAAGGAAUACCGUGGAUGAAUUGCAAGAACAACAAGAUGCUAUUGGGCGAAAACUUGCAGAGAUCCAACCCGUUGUGCGUUCGUUUCGAGCCAUGCAAGAGCGUAUCUUUUCUGGUAACAUCGAGAUUGGUGCUGAUGAUACGGCAAUCAGAGCUGGUGUUCAAGCGCGUGAGGAUCGUACAAUGGAAUCGUAUCGUCAACUGUUGACAUCCUUUGAUGGUGCCAAAGCCAAGGUGCAAACGACUCGGCGUGAUGCGGAUGUUGCUCAUAUUGUUAAGGAUAUCUUGACAUUGGUGGGAGAAUACAAGGAUCGCACCAAUGCAUUACGACUCUGCAAAUCAUUUAUGGUGGAUGGUGAUAUUGGACAAGCUGGGCAAUGGAACGAUUUGAAAAUGGUGACAUGUUGUUCAUUGUCAAUGAUGCCACAUGAGAAUGAGCUUCGUGACUACAAGAGUGAUCUAUCAAUGAUUGAGCAGGACAUUGAACGACAUUUACAAAAGAAGCUGGAUGAUCUUGACACUAUUCUCGGCAAGGCUGUUGUUCGAAGCAAGAAGCUCUUUUCUGCACAACGGGCUGAAAUUGCUAUGGCAGUACGUGGAUUAGCCGAUUUGCUCAAGAUGAAGCAUGAUGCAGCAUUGACAGCUGAAAAGGUGGAACCCUUCUUGAACAUUGCCGAGGAGAUUGAUGUCAUGUUAUCUGCAUUAUCAGAAGCCGUGGAUCGUACAUCACCAAGUCAAGCACGUAUCGUGGAUGGAUUACCUAGUCGAGCAGAUUUACAAGCGAUGCUCAUUGAUUUGGAUACGCAAUAUCGAUAUUAUCAGCCAAAGAUCAAUCAUUUAUUGAAGGAGGCGUAUGGUGCAGCACAAAUGGCGAUUCGUGAUAAGCGAGUUGCGGAUUCCUUGGAUGAGUUGAAAUACAAGUGGAAUCGACUACAGCAACAAGUGACGGCACGACACAAUGACUUGGCAAGUCGAAUUGGACAUGUCGGCAAGCCAUUUAUGAGUACACGAUUGACAUCAGCUGGUAAUAUCAACAAUCGAUCCACUCAAAAUAAGCGUAUGUCGAUGCCUUGUUUCAAUACUGCACCUCCUCGUUCGAUUCAAUCCACUCCCAAACCAGCACCCAAAUCACGAGCAAGGCCACAAUCAAUGCUUAUUACACGUGCAACAGCAACGCCCACAAAAAGACCACCUACAGCACCAACGUGUGGAUUGCUUGGAUCACGCCAACAACAACAACAACAACCAUUUCCAUUUCGGGAUCGACGCUAUACAACAACAACAUCUGAGGCCUAUGUUGCUGAUCCAAAGAAUGACCUUGAUGUGGCAGUGGGCAAUAUUGUGAAUGACUCACCAUACAAAGUGCGAAUCAAAAAGGUGCCUGGAGAAGUGGGACGCUAUUGGUUUGGAAAGAGCCGACCCAAACUUGCGUAUUGUCGUAUUCUCGGGAGUCGAAUGGUGAUGGUGCGAGUCGGCGGUGGAUGGGUGGAGUUAUCUCAAUUUUUACGGGAUCAGAAUCUGUUGGAAGAUGGUCGCUACAUUCCACGGGAUGCAUCCUCAUCUCCUAUUCACCAUAGCAACAACAACAACAACGGCAACAACGUGGUGACGCUAUGUGGCGGGGAUGGCAUCAAUAGCAGGAGUUCUAGUCCGCUCACUAAACGAGGAGUAAAAUCACCCACCUCACCUCAUCCAGCAUCCAGCCCACUAAGGUCAACAUUUGGUCAUGGUAUCAAGGAUGGCAACAAGGCAUUGAUCCCAAUCGAUAAGGAAGGCAACCAGGUGCAAGUGCGGAUGACAAAAGCAAAGAGCAAUAGUACCAAGUUUAUUACUCCAUGGCGAUAG